AUGCAAUCUGCUCAGCAACUGUCAUUCACUGUGAUCCCACCAUCUUCCAAACAGUUCUCAUUGUCACAAUGUGCAUCCAUGCUCAUCCAAAGGUGCCCAGCAUGUUUCACAGGUCACACAUUUGGACAGCCACUGAGCAACAGUGGUGAUAUUCAUAUCACACUUGAUGGGAACUUUCACCAUCAUCAUCAGCACUCAGCUGGUAGUUGUCCUGCAUUUUAUGACCCUGCAUAUUUCAUUCCCAAGGUUCAAGUCAACAAUGUUGGAUGCCAGAUCAAACGAGUGUGUAAGUGGCCACUGAGACAACAGUGUGUUGAAGUUCCUGAUGAAGCAAUUGAUCAAUGUGAAGUGUCAUAUGAAGCAGCUGAUGGCAACAAGCAGAAGGCCACAAUGGACUGCUUCAACAACACUGGAAUUAUGGUGUUGAUAUGCCAUCACAACAUCCCUCUCUUCUUUGCAAAUAUUGACACACCUGGUGAGCAACAGAAGUAUAGUGUCACCCUUCUCAAACACCUCUUCUCCCACUUGCCAGUUGCUGCAACUGUCAUUGCAUUGUAUGAUAUUGGUUGCGUUCUCACACAUUCUUUAGACAAGUUUGAAAUCCUCAAUAAUGAAAUUGUUUGUUGCAUCUGCUGUGCAACAACUGCAAUGCAUGCCUAUGGCCACAAAUGGGCAUGCCAGCUUGCUCAUAACCCCCACAUUACUACAGGACUUGGUCUUUCUGAUGGAGAGGGCACCAAACACCUCUGGUCCUGUUUCACCAAGCUCAUUGGCAAGUUCAUUUUAUUACUCUAG